AUGAAGGAGUUUCCUCGCAAGUUCUUGAGCCUUCGGGACAAGAGCUCCUCGCACAGCAGAAGCAAAUCGGCGCCGCCUUCCAAGAGCCGACCCCGAUCGACCGAGGCUUUCUUAGCUUUAUUCAGCCGCGAUGCCAAAUCAAAGGAUACUGUCGACAAGGCUGAAGAAGAUGCCAAGGUUGAGGAGAUCCUCCGCCGCCUCGACGAACUCAACAUCACCAACGUCAGCAGUGAACAUAUCAGAGGCAUGCUCGGUACCCGAUUCGGCGACGGCGACGCCAAAGAUGCUGCUGAAUUCAUCAACAUCGAACAGAAAUCCGCUGCCGGUACAAUUGUUCCAUACAAUCCCAACGUACAGAUGCUCGGCGCUGAAAACCGCGGCGGUGUCACUUGCUACCUCGACGCUCUCCUCUUUUCCAUGUUUUGCAAGUUGGAUGCUUUUGAAGGCAUGUUGAAAGCUGAAUUCCCAGUUGGCGACCCAAAGGCAAAGCUCGUCAAUCUGCUGCGGGUGUGGGUCAACCUGCUUCGGUCUGGCAAACUCAUUAACGUUGAUCUGACACGAUUAAUUCAAGAAGCUAUGGGUGACAGCGGCUGGCCAGACGCCCGUUUAUUGGAACAACAGGACACAUCUGAAGCGUUUGCAUUUCUCACUGAGACCCUCCAACUCCCACUACUAUCCUUACAAGUCGAUCUUUUCCAUCAAGGGAGGAAGGAUAAGGAUGACCACAAGGUUGUCUACGAGCGGCUACUAAAUUUGGCCGUCCCGGAAGACGCUGAUGGCAAAGGCAUCAGGCUAGAGGACUGUAUUGAAGAGUACUUCAACGCUCAGGUCGAUGUUCUGCGGGAUAGUGAAGAGGCCAAGAAAUCGUAUUCCGAAGACAAGGGGCCUGAUACCCCUACUCUUGUCCACCGAAACACGCUACGGCUUGUUCGAGAUGAAGAUAACGGUGCAUCCACAAGCCUAAGUGCCUCUCCGUCGGAUCUGUCACCUCUGCACCAAUUCCCCAGCCAGACAUCGAUUGCAAGCGACUUUCCCGCCCUUGAGCGACCAGCUACGUCUACAGGCGUGUCUUCAGACGAAGUGCCCAAGAUUGAGACCCCCACCAUGCCAAAGAGGCUGUCAUUGAGGCACAGAUCUGCCAGCGUUAUCCAAAGGGUUGUUCUCGAUGCAGACGGGAAGCCAAGAAUCACAGAUGCCGAAGACGCUCGUAAGCCACGGCGAAAAGGCUCCGUGGUCGUCAAGGCCGUGACGAUACCUGCUUGGCAAUUCUUUCGGCUUAUUCCUUGGAAUGCUGUUCGAACAAACGAGCCUCGCAGUAAUUCCGAAGUCGUGCUCAAUUUCGAACAGCGCCCUGUCGUUGGCAUCUGCCUAAAGCGCUAUGCCAUGACAGAGUCUGGACAGCCAAACAGACUCAACACCUAUAUUGACAUUCCCGAUAGUCUGCGUCUACCACACUUCAUGCUCGCCGACGGCGCUAGCACGCAGACUGAUGAUUCCUUCUCAGCUCCAGACUUCAAGCUUGUGCUACAAUCAGUCAUCUGUCACCGUGGUGACUCCCUUCAAAGCGGACACUAUAUUUCGUUUGCGAGAGCGGCACCCAAGGUUCUCACAUCCAACAGACGGCAUAACUUCGAUCCGCCCCCGGAUUAUGAAGAAGCUCAAUGGGUGAAAUUUGAUGAUCUAGAAGAACCCCGUGUCACCUAUGUCGACAACAUCAAGAAGUCUCUCACCGAAGAGAUGCCCUAUCUGCUCUUCUACCAGGUUGUGCCCAUGGUCGAAUUGGCCUGCCCUUCAACAGAUGGCACGGCCACGGGUCCGCCAUCUUACCAGGAAUCUAAGAAUAGCCUGGAGAUGCAGAUAUCACAAGCGGCGACCGAUGGCAGCCUCUCUUUCCCGAGCAAGCCUCCCAGUAUUCGCCUAUCUAUGGACAAUGAGCGGCCAACGGUUGAGGCCUUUGAUAGGUCGGCGCGACCAUCAGUUUCUGGCUCCGUGCCGGCCGACUCUCGUCGCGAUAGCGCCAUCUUUACUGCUUCUUCCGCUGCUACUCCGAUCAUGACACCAGCUCGCACGCCAGAGGCCAGUUCUCCCAUACUAUCACCAAGCGACAACAAGACGCCCCGCCUCUCGCGCGCGGCAUCCCGCUUUAACCUCGGUCGCCAAAGCCGACCAACCAGUCAGUCGGGCGAGGGUCGUAUUAGUCUGACGAUUUCUCGUCUUGGUGGCCUCAUGAAGCAGAAUAGGGAGGCUUUACCUGGUACUGAAACUGGCGAUGAAAGAGGAACGACUCCUCUAGGCUCGCCUUCGCCGAGGAAUGCUAGUUUCGAAGUCUUUCGCAAUGUGGACGGCCACCAGCACCACCCACCUUCGACAGCCAACACGGCUACGACGGCUGCCACGGCCGGUACCUCCACCAGCGCUCUAGAACCGGAACCAAAGAUUCAGCGUAACAAGUCGAGACGCAAGAGCAAGUCGCGAGAGAAGACCUUCAAGCCAGGAAAGCAAAAGGACAGCUCGCAGCCUGAUCGUGAAUGCGUUCUGAUGUAA